AUGGCGCCGAUGACGACCGGUGUGUGCACCGUCUUUGUUGUCGGCAGCAACGGUCAGGUUCCCAGGCUAGCGAGAGUCGAGUGGGUGAUGGGCAACGAUCCGAAGCCGAAUGCGUCGUCGAGUGUAUGGUCGUCGGAGCGAACGGACAGAAAGGAUGAGGUUGCUGACGCUGAAAGUUUGGGACUGGAGCUGGGGCUGGGAAUGCGGUCAGGCGUCGGUAGAGUCAGCCAGAUCGAGUCCAGCGGAUGGGUGGUGUUGUAG